AUGACCGAAGUCUGCUAACCUAAUUAAACAGGGUUUUUUCAUACAUGUGGUUAAUUUAGUUAAUGCGAAUUGAAUUCAGCCACAUUAGUUUAUUCAUGUUAACAUGAUUCUCCAUUUACACCAAAAGCUGGAAUAAUUAUAUCAUAUAUACUUACACCAAUAUUGAUUGGUAUAGGAAUAUUAGGAGGAAUGGGAGGUAUAAAUAUUUGAAAUUUUCAGGUGGAGUAUUGAAAGGACCACUUUUAGAAAUGAUUCUUAAUUACUCUUAAAGUGAAGCAACUCAUAUUGCAUACUGUUUUAUGUUUGGAGGUACUCUUCUUAACACAGCACUAUUAAUGUUUGAAAAGUACUAAAUUUAAAUAUAUAUAGAAAUCCAGAUGACGAGCGAAGACCAAUCAUAAAUUAUAGAAUUGCAAUAAUCUUUAAUCUUGCUGUUCCUUUUGCAACAAAUCUUGGUUCAUCAUUAGCGUCAUUUCUACCUUAAUUAUACACUCUCAUUCUUCAGGAGCUGUUUUUAUUUGGAGUAGCCCCUAUACUUUGGGAAAAAGGUAAUAUAUAGAAUAAUUAUGUAAAAUAGCUAAAAAUGCUAAAAAAGCAGAACUUAAAGUUAGUGAAGAAUCUUAAAAAGAGAACACUUAAAAUUUAAAUGAUUCAAAUCUUAAUCAAAAAAUAGAGUUGCAAGCUAUAGAAGGGAUGCAAGAAUAAAAAGUAAAUAUAUUGUAAGAUAAUAAUAAGGAUUAUAUAAUUUCUAAUUCAAAUUUAAAUGAAUCUCUAUAUUCUAAAUUUAAAUAGGAAUCAGAAAACAUUUUACCAUUGAUGCCAAUUCUCUGUAUUUUAGGGUCAUUUGGAUUAAAUUAAGUAAAAAGAAAAAUUGAAUAAAAUAGAUAUUUAUAUAAAUGCGAUCUACAAAUCCAAAUAAACCUUCGUAUGUUGGAAUUGAAGAUUGCACAUGGGAAAACGAUUUUAUGAUCUUUAUUUUAAUCAUAACCAAUGUCUUAUAUGAUUAUUUGAUUUUGUAAUUCGGAACCAAAUAAGAGAAAACAUUUAAUUAAAUCAAUUUUUUGCCAAAAGAAAGAUAUUUUACUCCAAUCAGUAGAUUUUUUAAGAUUUAUGCCGGUGGAUUUCUAGCAGGAUUUGUAUCAGGAUUUUUAGGAAUGGGAGCUGGAUUUGUUAUGGUUCCAACUCUAUUAUAUAGUGGAUUAAUUCCAAGAUGUGCAUCAGCUACAUCAGCAUUUAUUUAUUUAAUGAUUUCAUUAAAUAAUUUGAUUACUCUCCUUACUAAUCAUUACUUAAAUUGGCAAACUAUAAUUUUAUUUACUGGAUUAGCUGUAUUAAUAUAUAUAAUUAUUAAGAUUAUUGGAGGAUCUGUUUUUGCUAAAAUUGGUUAUAUCUUAUUAGGUAAAUACAAGAUUGGAUAUUUUGUAAUCCUAAUUGUUUUUGCUCUUGAUAUUGCAAAUAUUAUUUCGUAAAUCUAUUACGGAGUUGUAUUUGGAAAAAGGUAUGGAUUAGACUAUCUAACUCAAGCAAAUAAAGAGUGUUAGUGA